AUGGGGAACGACUCCUUCAUUGCCGAGGGAAUGGCUCCGCCACAAAGGAUCCUCUUUCCCCCGGAGAAGAUUUGCAUGGGCUGGCAGCAACGACAGAGAGCUGGAGCGGGACUCCACAACCUGCACAAUACGUGCUUCCUCAACUCCGUCCUGCAGUGCCUGACGUACACACCCCCUCUGGCCAACUACCUGCUCUCUCGUGAGCACAGCUUGUCGUGUCGCCAGCUAGGCUUCUGCAUGAUGUGCAGAAUGGAAGCGCACGUUAACAUGGUCUUGCGUUCCUCCGCCAGUGCCAUCGAGCCUUGGGCUGUCCUCAGUGUCCUCAAGCGAAUAGGAGAACAUUUCCAGCUUGGCAUGCAGGAAGACGCCCACGAGUUCUUACGCUAUACUGUCGAUGCCAUGCAGAGAGCUUGUCUGAGUGGAAGCAGCGACUUGGACAUCUCUUCUCAAUCAACUACCGUUGUCCAUCAAAUAUUUGGGGGCUUUCUGAGAUCCAGAGUCACGUGCUUGAGCUGCAAAGCGGUUUCUGAUUCCUACGAGACCUUCCUGGAUGUUCCUCUGGAUAUAAAAGCAGCCUCAUCGGUCAGCGCAGCUCUCGAGGACUUUGUGAAACCUGAGCAGCUGGAUGGUGAAAACUGCUUUAAAUGUAGCAAGUGUGACAAGAUGGUUGCCGCCUCCAAGAGGUUUACAAUCCAUCGGGCGCCAAAGGUUCUCACGGUGUGUCUGAAAAGGUUUGACCAUUUCACCGGCGGGAAGAUCAGCAAGGUUGUGGAGUAUCCCAUGUACUUGGAUCUUCGGCCAUACACGUCUCAGACAGCUGGAGAACCCCUCCUCUACUCCUUAUAUGCUGUCCUGGUGCACAGCGGUGGCAGCUGUCAUACAGGACACUAUUUCUGCUACACGAAGGCCAGCAAUGGACUGUGGUACGAGAUGGACGAUUCGUCUGUGGUUCCCUGUGACUUCAACACAGUUCUCAGGCAGCAAGCCUAUUUACUGUUCUAUGUCAGACGCUCCGAUCUGAAAAUGGGAGAAAGGACUUCUUCCUCACCGGCACCAUCACAUGCCCGCUCCUUCCUCAGUCAGUGGGCGGCCGGCAGCAAGCAGGACAUGGCGGUGGGCAUGGAGGACUCUCCAGAGCACGGCAGCUCCUCCGCACCAGCCAGCACCAGCCAGCUAACCUGGGCAGGUGCCCGGGAGGCGUCUGCAGGCCGGCCGUGCCUCAUCUGGCCAGGCAGGCUCAGCGUCACCUCCGCCGUGCCCAGAAGACAGCCUGAUUUCCUGCUCCACCGUCAACCAUUUGACCGUGCGCUGCACAGCGUGCGAGAAGAUGACAACGACGAGGAGCACGGAUUCGACUGGUGUGAGAAGAAGGCGGGCUCCACCGGCAGCCGGGCCGAGCUUCAAGAUGGCGCAGGUGGGGCCUGCUGUGAGGCUGAGGGUGGGGAGGAGGGGGAGGACCCGGCCGCCAUCCGGCGUCUCCCGCCUGAGGUGAGGGAGCAGUGGUCGGAGCUGCUAGAAGCUGUUGAAGAACGGGUUGAGGUCAAGAAGCUUCUCAGGAACAAGGUCCAGCGCCUCCUGGAGAGACGGCAAUGCCUCCGACAGGCAACAGCUCUGAGACUUCUUCUGUUCCUCGUCCUCCUGCAGAUCCUUGUCCUCAUCGUGGUCUUACUGAAGAGGGACAUCCUUAACUGGGUCCUGCCACCAAAGCUGGCGGCCGCCUUUGGGAGCCGCCCAGCCAGGUCCCAGUUCUUUUGA